AAUGGAACUUGUGAUGAUCAGUGCUGUCAGACAGUAAACGGAGACUGGACAGAUUGGGGAAAUUGGAGCGGGUGUGAUUGUGAUCACAGUACUGGAACAGGAACAUGGAACAGAACUAGAUCUUGUACCAACCCACCACCUUCUUGCUAUGGAAUGGACUGUGUUGGUGAACUUCUUAAUAAUGGAACUUGUGAUGAUCGAUGCUGUCUGACAGUUGAUGGAGAAUGGAGCGAUUGGACAAAUUGGGGGGACUGCUUUUGUGAGUCAGCAGAGAACUCAACCUCUUCAUUAGGCUAUAGAAGAAGGAACAGAACCUGUUUUAACCCUGUUUGCUAUGGUCUAGACUGCCCUGGAAAUAGUACAGCAAAGUUGGACUGCUCUGAUCGCUGCAUGAUGUGCAAGGAAGGGAUGAUGUACAAUUCUGCAACUGAUGAUUGCACUGUUUGUGGUAGGAGAACGUUCAGUGCUAUGUCCUCUCAUUCUUGUUCAGCUUGUCCAAAUGGCAAAGAUUCUCUCAAAGGAUCAACUAAUGUAGCAGAUUGUUUUCAUGAACAUGGUUGCUACGAGGACAACGUUUUCGGAGCUGGUAGUGUCCUAAAAGUGCUGAACCGAACAUCAGACACAAAAGCUUGCAUCCUGGGUUGUAGAUCACAAGAUGGGGGACCCAUGUCCAGCAAGAAGCUUCAGUCUACCUUACGUGACAGGGAGAUGUGUUUCCUUAGCAUGGUUGUCUAUCCCUGUGGUGCUCGUUUUCCUGACUGUGCUGGUCAUUGCUUCCAUCAGGACUUGGAAAAAGAAAGCCAGGGUACAACCAUCACAGCUAUCUUCCGAAUAUUCAAGAAAAUGGAUACGAAUAACGUGUAUAGAUGUAAUGAUGUUUAA